AUAAUACCAAUUUCCACGCCUUUUUUUUUUCUUAUUUUUUCACUUGUUUAUAAAUAACUGGAGUUGCAACAACACAUCCUCAUUACCAAACCUGCACCAGAUUGAGAAGAGGGUUGCUUUGGGAUAAACCCUCACAACACCUCCAAUCAUAUCAUGGCCAUCUUGGGUAGUCAUAAUCCUCUCGCAGCCACUUUUGGCAUAUUUGGAAACAUCAUUUCCUGUAUGGUAUACCUGGCUCCGGCGCGAACAUUUUGGAAAAUCUACAAAAAGAAAUCCACCCAAAGUUUCCAAUGUCUACCUUACUUGGUGGCAUUAUUCAGCUCUUCACUUUGGUUGUACUAUGCAUCAUUCAACAUCAGACAUGCCUUUUUGCUUGUCUCGAUAAACUCCUUUGGAUGUGUGAUAGAGAUCAUCUACAUUGUCAUCUUCAUAAAGUAUGCGGAUAAGCAUGCCAAGAAAUUAACCAUUAAGCUACUUGGUGCAAUGAACUUUGGGUCCUUGGCCUUGAUCGUUUUGGUGACGCGUUUCGCCAUCGAUGAGUCCUAUCAAGUGAAAGUCCUCGGAUGGAUUUGUGACGUGGUUUCAGUGAUUGUAUUUGCAGCACCUCUUAGUGUAGUGUUACAAGUUAUAAGAACGAAGAGUGUACAAUUUAUGCCCUUCUGUUUGUCAUUUUCCCUCUUACUGAAUGCCAUAAUGUGGCUUGCUUAUGGUUUCUUUAACAAGGACAUGUGCGUUGCCCUGCCAAAUGUGGGGGGUCUAGCACUGGGACUGCUUCAGAUGUUGCUACAUGCCAUUUACAGGAAUCGUGGUGCGAAGGAGAACGUAACGACAGACGGUGCAGUGACAACCUUUGUGGUGGUCGUCAAUCCAUUGGGGUCUCCAGAAGUGUUCUCAACAGCAGUGAAAGAUGAACUAUCACUGGAAAAUAAUAAUAAUAAUAAUAAAGGUGGAGAGGACGAUGCACAAGGGAAAACCGUGGAAGCCAACGAUUGCCCUCUGUGAUACGUAUAAAGAACCUAUUAUUCUCUGAAUCAUUCUAUCAUCAUCUUUAUAACCUUAAUAUCAAUCAAGAUAUGCUUCAGCUUUACUGAUUAACUCAUUUUUACUUCCUUUUUCUCGAUGCUUCCAUUGCUUUUACGGGUUAAAGGACAACUAACAGCAGCAAUCAAAGAUGUUAUUACAAACAUCACGAAAUUAAGAAAGAAAAUCAUUAGUUAAUAUGAUCCACGCAGCUUUUUGAGAUGACUUUUCUUAGUUAAGCUUCAAAAUCAUUGACGAAAAUCCAACUUCAAAACAAAUGAGCCUCGAGAUGGGUUUAUAUGCAAAAUUAAAGGA